CUCUCAACAUUUCAGUCAGAACAGGAUCAUAUCAUGAGAGGUUCCCAAGAGUCCGAAGUGCUUUUGUACCAAACAUAACUGUUUCCAAGUAACGAAAUAUUAGCCCCCGGUCCGCCCUACUUAUAAGACCACCGAGCAGCAACAUUCAGUAGAGUAUUUGUUUUGUCACCAGUAAGGGUGCAGCAAAAAAGUGUUUUCAUCAUGUACUCUGUGCUUCUUCGGGCCUGUCUUGUGACAUUGGUUAUCUUCAGCCCUAUAACAUGUACAGUCCCCACGGAGCAGACUCCCUGUGACCUGGAGGUGGAAGAUAUCUCCUUGGUUGUCUCCUCAGCUCUGGGACAAGGUCGUUCACGAUCGUCAAGGUCAAAGCGUGACGUUGAUGACAUUGACGUUCAUGAAAUCGUUCAUCUUCACAACCAGGUCCGGGCCGGUGUUUCGCCGUCUGCCAGCAACAUGAAAUAUAUGUCGUGGAACGCUGGCCUUGCUGAGAAGGCUCAGGAGUACGCGGAGCAGUGUAAGGGAGGACACAACCCGGACCUGUCGUUCAUCGGGCCGGGCUACACCACCGUGGGCGAGAACAUCUACAUCACCACGGCUGACCAACUCAACUGGUUCGACGCCAUAGGCAACUGGGCAGACGAGGUCGGUGACUACGACAUUUACAACGACACUUGCAAGGAGCAGAAAGUGUGCGGACAUUACACACAGGUCGUGUGGGCGGACAGCUAUCAGCUGGGCUGUGGCGUCACCAAGUGCGCCAGCGUGGCUGGGAUGAAUGAUGCCAUCCUGGUCAUCUGUAACUACGGACCCAGAGGCAACUUUAUUGGUCGGAGGCCCUACGUGCUCGGAGAGCGCUGCUCAGAAUGCAGGCAGGGGGACAACUGUUCCAUGGGAGGCCUCUGUAGUAACCCGUUCCGAGACUCCUGCAGCUGUGUGAGUGUCCACCCCGUGCUGCUGAUGGUCUGUGCCGCCAUGGGACUGCUGCUCUGGGCUUAGGGCACAUCACUGACUGGAAACACCUAGCAACAUGUCCUAAAGAUGGACAAUAUCAUAAAACUUUAUGAACCUACGUACCGAUCAGUGCCUGUCUUGCAAUUUUGGAAUAAAGCGCGUAACUUAACAGAUAAACCUAUGACGGAUGUUCUAUAUAUUUCUGCACAAAUCAAUGUGCUCAAGACAUGUACACAAAGAACUAAUAUAUGUGAUACUUGCGGUUAGCUUGUGAGCUGUAAGACUAUGGUAAUUCACAAUUCUGAAGGGCUUGAGUUUCCGUCGCCAAAUAUUUACGCAAAUGAAGUCACAAACAAACCGAGUAUAAACAGAUCCCUCGUAAUUUCUUAAUAUCAAAUAAAAAGUACAAGUGUUCUGUCUUUCGCUUAUCCAGUCGUUGCGACGUCGAAUGAGCGCCUCUUUCAUAUGCUUCUAGGCCCUGGUCUCAAAUGUGACAUCGUGUUGCGGCUAGUAGUUGGUCGACGACCUGCAAGGCUGCAUUAACUAGCACUAUUUUAACUGGAGGUUGCAAUCGUUCUGCUGUAAUGCUACGGUAACCCUAAAUAUCCG